AUGCCUAAGUGGGACGGCAAAGCAGAGCGCGACCUACUCCUCGCCAUGCGUAUUGCACAAGGAGAGAAUAAUCUUUCGAAAGGGGAUUGGGAUAAGGCCGCUGAGAUCAUGAAAACCAUGGGACAUGCUGACGCUACGGGCACUGGUAUUAGCCAGCGAUGGUCCAAGGUCAUCUUGAAGAACUUUCGGGAGCAACAAGCUCAGGGAGCCGUCAAAGGUGGCAACGGUGCUACGUCAGCUGCGGAUUCAGCUCCGGCUCCGGCCGCAAUCCCGGGCCGUCGAGGACGCGGCAAGGAUGAUGUUAACAAGCGAAAGAAGCGGGAGCAGGCGCAGGAUUACAAGGGCGAUGCGGAGCAAGCUCAUGUGACCAAAAAACAGAAGCAUUAG